UAGGAGGCUAAUUGGCCUAGAGAAUUAAUCACAAAGCAAUGAACAGCCGUGCUUCUCUAAGGCAACACCACUUAUUGGUAUUUUUUAGUGCGCUUCCUGUACUGGACAGUCAAUUUGGGUAUCAACUGACAGGAAGCAGGCGACAACGCGGUUGAAGGAAUAUUGAAAAGCGGAAAAUAAAUUUAUGGCGGUUGUCGCAGGUAGUACAGACACUAUGUUGGUGGUACCUAAGUACAGCCAGCCUGAGGUAAAGUGGUCUGCAUUACCUAAUAUCAUAUGUGGUCCGAGCUCCAAGCGCAUGUUCCGAACUCAAUGGCCUGCUCGCCCUGCUAGUUCGAUCAUCACCAUUCUGUAGGUAAAGGGUCGGUUGCCUCAAUUAACAUUAUAUCUCGACAACAAUGAUCCCACGCGUUUCGGCUCGGAGUGCAGCCAGGCUACCGCGGCAAAUAUGCGCCGCCCGACGGACCUUCGCCGUCUCUACGCGGCUGUCUGAGGCGAACCCGAUCAACAUCAAAGGCGAGACGACCCCCGAGACGAAGGGUGAGGAGGACAGUUUGGGUCUGACCGAGAAUACGGAGCGAGGCUUGAAACAGGCGCCCAACCGCACUGAAAUCUGGUCAAGGAGCCAGAAGCCCAGGGCAGCAGCUAUGCAAGGACCUCGAUUUGAGCAAACCGAUUUCGAUCUCCAGCCUGCAUCGAAGGCAGCUAUCGAGCUCAUCCACAAGCAGCCCGUCCGAUGGACUCAUGAUCGUAUGGUUGCCUGCGACGGCGAUGGCGGGCCUGCUGGGCAUCCCAGGAUCUACAUCAAUACAGACAAGCCGGAAAUAGCUACUUGUGGCUACUGUGGUCUUCCAUUCGUAGGUUCUCGUUCAAUAAAGAUCUCUGGUUCAAACUGUCACGUUUUAUGGCCGGCCAAUGAACACAACCGAGAGCAUCUGGAAUCUCUCCCUGAAACGUCAUACCCCCUUGCAUAG